AUGAUAAGUAAUUUUUUUUAUUUAUUUUUUUUUAGUUAUAUAAUGUCAACGGAAGACGUCACACCUCAAAUAGGAAAUUCGCCAACUAGUAUUACCAAUGAAGGUUCCUCAACAUCUACUGGAGCCAGUGCAUCUGGUACUCCAUGUUACGAGUCAGAACAUACCAUUUCUAAUGAGCAAACUUCAAUCGUGCCAAAUACAGAUGCUGUGCCAACACCGCCCUUAUCUGAAGAACAUGAAUCUUCAUAUGACAUGGAGUCACUUGAAAAUGAAAUUGGUCUUCCAGGUGUAGAAAUGUUAGCUGGUGGUAAUGGUGGUGAUCAACAAUUUAUUAAGCGUCCUUUAAAUGCUUAUAUGAUUUUUACAAGGGUUGAAAGAAAAAAAAUUAUGGCUCAAGAUCCUAAGAAAAAAAUGUUUGAAGUUAGUCGAGAGAUGGGUGAAAGGUGGAAAGCUUUAACAGAUCUUCAGAAAAAACCAUUUUUUGAUUUAGCUAAGAAGCAUAAAGAACUACAUCAAAAUUAUUUGAAACAAAAUCCUGAUAUUGCAUACCAUCCACAACGUAAAAAGACAUCAAAAAAUAGUUCUUCUAAUGGUAAAGGUCAGCAACCACCAACACCAGAUUAUAAUUCAAUGCCAGUUAAAACAAUUUCUCCAAAUAAUCAUAUUAUGCAACAACAACAAACCCAACAACAGCAACAAUAUCCACAUCAUAUGAGUAAUGGAAGUUCGCUACAGACUAAUGGUCUUCAACAACAACAACAACCAAAUAAUAACAAUCUUUAUGGUAAUCAAGGAACUACCGGACCAGUUCAUCAAAAUGUUUGUACCUCAGCAUUUUAUUUACCACAACAACAUAUGAAUCAAAAUGGUAUGCAACCAAUUCAAAUGAUGCCAAAUCAAAAUAAUGGAAAUACAGAUAUGAUGUUAGGAUAUUAUAAUCAAAUAUAUCCAAACCAGGUUGUCGAGAAUGGACAAGGAGUUCUUGGGAUGAGUAAUAAUGGAUAUUUCUAUGAUGGAAUAUACAAUAUGAAUCAUGCUAAUGGAACGGGAUAA